UCAAAAAUAAAAAUAUAUUUGUGGACAGUGUCACGCAAAAUGUCAACCUUAUUGACUUUCAAAACAAACAGUAUCCUGUGAAAAUAGGAUUUCAGUUGCUUGCAGAUUAAUACAACAGAAAAUACUUCUUAAACUUUAUGACUCAUCAUCAUAACUUCAAAUUGUUAUUGAUUGGAGUGUGCCUCAUAGUUUGCGAAAUUUAAGGUGCUCAACGUUACGAGAAUGAUGUGUCUGAAUAUAUGGGAUUGGAAAAUACAGCAAAUCCAUUAAGUUCGUUCUCGCAAGAUACAAAGAAAGGACAUACGAUGGUAAUAGGUGCCGACCAUGAGCGUAAUGGAAUCGCCGAUUUCUUCACCCAGACCGAUCCAGAAGUCAGGAAGAUCACAUUGGCGAUCGGCAAUAUCAUCUCUAAAAAUACUAUCAAAGAAAUUACUUUGGAAAAAUCGCUGAAUGUAAUGCUGGAUCACUGUCACGAUGCCACUACGCUACUCUCAAAAAACAUUGUGAAAUCAGAAUUUAUCUACAGAUACCUGCAGAAUUACAACAUACAAAUGCCACCAGAAAGUACAAAAUCUAGUCUGAUAAAACAAUGUCUCAAUUUCUGGCGAGCCAAGUACGGCGCUCCGCUGGAGGGGCCAUCAUUUUUCGAUGGACAAGCGAACAUUCAUCCGUCCACUUCGGCCGAAUCGAGCUCAUCAAACAGCACCAUGCAGAACACCACCGUUGGAAACAUGAAAAAUCUUGUUGCGACGGGUGGACCGAUUGGCAAUAACACGAAUGGACCGGGAUAUGAAACGACCGAACCCGGACUCGAACAAUAUCCGGUAAACCUGCUAGCACUAGACUACACUACAUGGUUUUACCUCAAAUGGAACCGCAACUCGCUGGACGAGAGCGCCUUCUGGCCGGAUGCGGUCUGUUCAGUGAUGCUCGAAAUCAGCGAAACCCAACAGGGGGUUGAGGAGGUUCGCGGACAGAAGGACAUUAUAAAUUUAAUUCUUAGUUUGAAAUUUCAGUACAGCUUUCAGUUCGUUCCAAACGUAAUGUUCGAUGGCUGCCAGGGUCGACUAACGGAUAGCGGUGUGCUAGUGGUAACGGUCGGCGUAGUGUACAACAACCGGAAAGGACUGGACAAUCGGCUAAUGAGUCUAGGGGUGUUUGAGAGUAUGGUCAGGUUGCGAAGAGAUCCGCAUGAGAAUAAUAAUUGGAAGAUAACUAUGUUUAAACUUUACAUACGAUAUAAACCUGUAGAUAAUUUACCUGCAUUAUCGAGCAGCAAAAUGCUUACCGAGUGUUUACUGAUUCCACUUACUCUGGACAGUGUAUGAGGAGUGCCUUUGGAAGAUAUUACCAUAAAACUUAGAGAACUAGUGGUGCCAUUCAGUGAACAUAAAAAGUCAAACGAAUUUAGCGUGUUAUGAUGUGAGAAAAUAAAAUAGAACAAACAUGUAAAAUAAUGUUGAUUGAUCUACAGUAUAAUCUAGUGAUUAGAAUAUCAUGCAUGCAACAAAGCGAAAAGUGCAAUACCGGAAGAAUAAAAAAAUGUUUUAAAUU